GAUUCGGAGAAGACAGACAGAUAUUCACAGAGAGUCUCAUGGCUGAGGUAAAAGAGAAGCCACGCGCUUGCGUUGAAGGAGGAGAUGGAGAUUUCCUCGUUCCUAGUUUCUCCGACGACGGAACCGGUUCUGUUUCCGCCGGAGUUGACUUGUCGGUUGAGAUUGAGAAACCGAUUCACGAUGCUAGGUCCACAGAGCCAGAUGCUUCAACGAUCAUUCCAACUCAACUUACUAUAAUCUCUGGUGGGAGUUGUAGAAUGUUCGAUGGUGUUCCUGCACAAAAGGUUCAAGAAAUCAUUCGCAUCGCUGCUGCUGCUAAAGAGAUAAAGAAUGUGACCGGUAUAAAUCCAGCGCUGAACAGAGCUUUUUCUUUCUCAGGCACAUCAACUGUAGCUGAUCUGCCAAUUGCUAGGAGACGUUCGCUUCAAAGAUUUCUUGAGAAGAGACGGGACAGGUCCACAAAGCCAGAUGCUUCAACGAUCCUUCCAAGUCAACUUACUAUUAUCUUUGGUGGGAGUUUUAGCGUAUUUGAUGGAAUUCCAGCUGAAAAGGUUCAAGAAAUCCUGCGUAUUGCUGCUGCUGCUAAAGCCACUGAUACAAAGAAUUUGACAAGUAUCAAUCAAGCAUUGAAGAGAGCUCUUUCUUUCUCAAGCACAUCAACAGUACCUUUACCAGGGGCUUGCAUAUCGACAGCUGAUGUGCCAAUUGCUAGGAGACGUUCGCUUCAAAGAUUUCUUGAGAAAAGACGGGACAGAUUUGUCCAUACGAACCCUUACUCUGCUACAACCUCGAAAGCAGAGAAAACCAUGGUGACAUGAGCUCCAAGACUGUAAGCUAACCUCAAACCUUACUUUCGAAGCAACUCAGUAUCACAGUUAUCUCUGACAAGAUUAACUCAGCUCAUAUAUAAGCCUUACUUUGCUGUACGAUAAUCAUCUGCCUAUGUUUCUUAGACAAAACACAAAUUUGUUUUCCUUGUUUGUGAUUCGAUGUGUUUAUCAUCUCGCA